UACCACUUUGGCUCUUCCAACCAGUACACUAAUGUUGCCCAGGUGACCCUACCCACAAUUCAUUACGACAGAGCAGUGUUCUUGUAUGUUUUUAUGAUAAUUGCUGCUGAUAGAUGGUUUAUCAUCCAUACACCUGGAUCAAGCUGAACUACACAAAUGGCGAACUGUUAAGCAUCCACAAGCCGUUGACAUGACAGUUAGUCACUGAAAGCGUACAUUUUGAUCAUUUUAUAAGCUAUCAAGAUGACGAGUGUCAUUGGAAAAAGUCGAGGCGAGUACUACGUCGCUGGAAGAUACAGACUGGUGCGCAAGAUCGGAAGCGGGUCUUUUGGUGAUAUAUAUUUAGGAAUCAACAUCACUAACGGUGAAAUAUUUUGGUCAGGAAAAUGAUUACAACGUAUUGGUGAUGGAUUUGCUAGGACCAAGUCUUGAAGAUCUGUUCAACUUUUGUAGUCGUAAAUUCACAAUGAAGACUGUGCUAAUGCUUGCUGAUAUGAUGAUGAGUCGUGUUGAGUAUGUACAUAACAAGAAUUUUAUACAUCGCGACAUCAAGCCAGAUAACUUUCUGAUGGGCAUAGGCAGACAUUGUAAUCAGUUAUUUAUGAUAGAUUUUGGAUUAGCAAAGAAAUACCGUGACAGCAGAACAAGGCAACAUAUACCAUACAGGGAAGAUAAAAAUUUAACAGGAACUGCCAGGUAUGCCAGCAUCAAUGCCCACCUUGGCAUUGAGCAAAGUCGACGAGAUGACAUGGAGUCACUAGGCUACGUUCUGAUGUAUUUUAAUAUUGGUGUAUUGCCCUGGCAAGGCCUGAAGGCAGCAACUAAAAAGCAGAAGUAUGAUAGGAUAAGUGAAAAGAAGAUGUCUACUACUCCAGAAAUGCUCUGCAGGGGUUUUCCUGCAGAAUUUGCAAUGUACUUGAAAUAUUGUCGCGGCCUCCGUUUCGAAGAAGCUCCAGAUUAUAUGUAUUUACGUCAGUUGUUCCGUAUUCUGUUUCGAACUUUGAACCAUCAGUAUGAUUAUACAUUUGAUUGGACGAUGCUGAAACAGAAAGCAUCCCAGACUGUUACCAGCUCACAGACAAUGCGUUCGCAUAUGAAAAUGGACCCACAUGUGAAGACAAUGAUGUCGGCUAAACACACGUCUAUGUAUCCAUGAAGUCGCAGUCAUUCGGAAUGCACAUCUGUAUCCAUGAUGUGGGAACUACCCAUUGGGAGCACAUGUAUCCAUGAUGUGGGAAUUACUCAUUGGGAGCACAUGUAUCCAUAAUGUGGGAAUUACUCAUUGGGAGCACAUAUCCAUGUGGGAGUUACUCAAUGGGAGCACAUGUAUCCAUGAAGUGGGAAUUAGUCAUUGGUAACACAUGUAUCCAUGUUUUGGGAAUACCUCAUUGGUAAAACAUUUAUCCAUGAUGUGGGAAUACCUCAUUGGUAACACAUGUAUCCAUGAUGUGGGAAUUACUUAUUGGUAGCACAUGUAUCCAUGAUGUGGAAAUUACUCAUUGGUAACAUAUGUAUCCAUGAUGUGGGAAUUACUCAUUGGUAACACAUGUAUCCAUGAUGUGGGAAAUACUCAGUGGGAGCACAUGUAUCCAUGAUGUGGGAAUUACUUAUUGGUAACACAUCAGUAUCAGUCAUUAUUGGGUGUUAGUGAUUGUUGUGUGUUAUGUAAUGAAAGAAACAAAACAGAAUUGAGAUUUUAAAUUGCAGCGUAAAAACAACUAUGUACAUACGAGAUAAAUGACAAAAGUAUAAAUUGAAAUAGAUUGUGUUAAGUUUUCUGGUGUAAGCUUGCGAUUGGAAAAGAUGUUACAUUAAUAAUAUUAACGGAGGCAAUUUGAUUGGUUAAGAUCAUUUCACAUCUAAGGUAUAUGUUUGUUAAAUUAUUUUACUUCUUGAACAAUUUGAUUUGUUAUGUGAUAUUCACACAACAAAUUGAAAUAAUUAAUAAAUUUAUUAAUCUGUUAAAUAUGUUGAUUGAUUUGCUUUAUACUGUAUGAUGAAAAGUUUGCUAAACUGCAAUAUGAGAUUUUAAUAUAUCUUAAAAUUCAACUAGUACAGUUGGAUAGACAUUUAACACUGAGUGUCUUACAGUACUUCUGUUUUAAUUAAUUUGAAUUUGAAAUUCUACAUUUCUGAUAAUUAUAACAAUAUUUUUAUGUUAUGAUUAUAAAAUCUUCACAGAGAAUAUGUUUGGAUUUUUAUUGUUAUCUAUUGUAAGUGCAAAAUAUACAUAAUUCAAUGUUGUUUUAUCGUUUACCAAAAAUUGCAUUGCAUUCCUCCCCAUUUUAGUGCAUACAUCUCUUUCUCUUUACACAUUCCCUACAUUCUUCAGCAUUCCCUCACUAACAUUCCCUUCUUCAUGCAAAAGAUAAAAAAUAUUACAGUUAGCUAUUAUGUAAGUAUAUUUUGAAACCAUAGUACUUGUUGCAAUACUUUUAAUUUUUUAAUUUACAGUAGUUAAGAACAUGCAAUUUUUUGAGAGUUUAUAAAUUACUUAUUUUGAUUCUAGAUUAGAAAAAUGAAAUAACAGAAAGGAUGUACUGUAAUUCAUAGGCCCAGUUCAGAUACUGAGUGAAACAAACACAAAUUCAUAUCUUGAAUGUGAUAAGAAGUCAAUGAGAUGGAGUUUUAAAUAAUCAAGGAAAAGAUGACCCUGAGAAUUCAACAACCCCCAAAUUGUUUGUGAACAUGUGUUUCUUUGGCCUCUUUUAAGUCAAUGAAAUAAUUCAUGUUGGGUCCCAGGGUGAUAUUUGAAAGGGGUGAGUAUGCAAGGGAUGUAUCUUCAUGCCUGUCGCUAUUGGCUGAGGCUAAUUUAAAUUAUUUAUAAAAAUUAGGUGUUAAGAAAUGUUCUACUAUGGGAAUUCCAUACAUAAAUUAAGAGAUUGGAAGCAAGAGUAUAUUAUUCAAAGCAUGUAGGUGCGGCUUAAAGGCCAGAUUGUACUGCUAAAGCCAUCUCCUUGUAGUACAGUACCGAUACUCAAUGAGAAGUAAUAUUCAGAGUAUAUAGGAGGCUGUUAAAAAGGCAAUUAGUAUUGCUAAUAUUGUCUGUGGGGCUCGACGAAUAUACCUAAAUGAAAAACAAUUACCCAAAUUAAAAAUAAAAUGAAUCAAAAUGACACAAAGGAAACCACAAAUAAACCGAAAUCACUAAAAUUAGACCAAAAUUAAUCAAAACUUAAUUUUCAAAUUGAAAGCUGGAUACAAGUGAAUGAGAAUGUUGUGCCUUGCUAGCAGGGUUAGUACUUGGUAGCCUAAAUGCAAAACAAUUAUAAAUUCAUUUCAGACUAAUUUAAUAAUUGUUAAUGUUUUAUGUUUUAAUCAGGUAGAGGUAAUAAUGGCAUUUUCAAUAUUUACUGUAUUAAUAAUGAAUUGUAUAAUAUUAAUGGGUAAAGGUAAUAAAGUGUAUUUUCAUAUUUAUUACGUUUACCCAUUAUUACUAUUAUACAACGCAUUACAGUAUUAUACGAAUACAGUAAAUAUAAGUCAGGUCAAGGUAAUAAUGACAUUUUCAAUAUUUACUAUAUUAGUGUAAUAAUAAUUAUUAAUUAAUAAUAUAUAUAUUACUAUUAUUAAUAUUAUUAAUAAUUAUUAUUGUUAAAUAAUGAUAAUAGGUUUUAUAAUAAUAAUGGGUAACGGUAAAAAAGUGUAUUUUCAUAUUUGUAUAAUGGGUAGAGGUAAUUUAGGGUAUUUCCAUAUCUUAUUUAUUCAUAUAAUAGUGAAUAGAGGUAAUAAAGUGCAUUUUCCAUAAUACACAUAUUUUCAUAUACAAAAUGGAUAGGUAUUUUCAUUUUAUUAAAUCUUGUUUAUAAAUUUAACAGCCUAAUACAAUAUCUGAAAGGAUAGUUUUUUAUUUUUUAAAAACAACAAAUCCAUACCCCAUAAUCUUAACAUUAAUAACAUAAUUUCUAUUGUAUUUAUUUGUUUUACUUUUAAUGUUUUUAUUGGUCCAGUCAUUUCCAAAAUGAUAAAAAUAUUAAAACUCAAUAUUUUUAAAACGAUAUUAAAAUGAAUUUGAUGAGUAGGCUAUAUGUCAUAUUUGAUGUGCAGCUUGGUACGCCAGUGUGCAGGGCACGACAUUGCCACUAGCGGUCACUAUGGUCAACAGCCUUGUAUUCAGCUUCAUUGAGGUUUAGCUAUGAUUCAUUUGGGUUCUUGUUUGGGUAAUUCUUAUUAACGGGUAUUUUUAAAGGUAUUUAAGUUGCAAGUUUUGUAAUUCCUCAUUUGGGUAAUUCGUUGGACAGCUUUGUGUACUCUGUGAGUAGUAGAGCCAAUAUUCAAAGCAUGUAGGAGGCCGUUUAAAGGCCAGAUUGCUAAUGGUAUCUCUGUAAUUCUAAAGUAGCCAUACAGAAUGUGUGGAUUUAUUAGCUAGUGCAAAUGUAAUGGUCCAUAAGUGUAUUUAUUCAAUAUACCACAUGCAGGAUUAAUUUGCAUGUAGAGGGACAGUCCAUGUAGCAUGGUAUUGGCACCUUGUGUUUUAGUUUGUACAGAAAUUUCAAUGGAUCGUAUUCAUAGUUUGGAAAAGGAUUUUGUAGUAUGCAAAUAAUAUUAAAUGUGAAGUUUUCAAAGCAUCCAUCGAAAUGUGCAUUCAGUAUUUACCAUGGCGAUAUGUUGCUGAGUAUGUAACAUUCUUCUGUGGGGAUUCUGUUGCACCAUGAAAAUCAAAUAUGUAAAUUACACUGUUGAAAAUUCCCCAAUAGUACACUAUAUCCGAGAUUAUAUUUCCACAGUAUUAUGAUUUAAAACAAACCAAGUGAUAUAAGAGUUUCAAUUUCUACUAAUAUUGUAUUUGUUCCUGGAUUGAUUACUUGAGGCCUAAUGCAAUAAGACCUCAGAGAGGGCGCUGUCAACUCGCUUGUAAUUACAUACCGAUGUUGUGAGUAGACUAAAAUAAACUUGAUGAAUUUACCUUUAAUGUACAGUGAGAACCGAUGUAUAUCUUGAUAUGUAUGCUUUCCAUACUCAGUUCAUUUAAGAAAUAAAUUGUUCAAAACAGGUUGCAAUUUUCAAGUA